AAUUGUAAUGUGCUUCUUUUGUACAUUCUUCAGCAUUUUCUUCAGUUAUUAAAUUAAAUUAGUCCUUCAUUUAUAGAAUUUUAACAAAUAAAAUAUGGUUUCGGUUGGUUUGAAUGAGCAACUCCAGAUCCAAAUUUUAAGGUAUAAUUUAAUUCAUCAACAUAACUUUAAAUUUGGAAGUUGAAUAACCUCUAAAUAAUAGGCAUCUGAUGACAGGGCAAAUGCUUAAACAGUCACCCCACCCAGGACCUAAGAUAAGCCUUAGUUUUGUCUGAGAUUUUAAAUAAUUCAGCUAUUUUGCUGAAUGCAGGCACAAAAACAAAGGACUAGACUGGUGACCAUCUUGGAUUUACUAUAGCCGAAUAGAUGGGAGAUUUGCUUAACAGGGCAAACAUUUAAACAGUUGCAUCACCCAGGACAUCUGACUGACUGCACCAACAACCGCAGUUACGGUGAAUAUUUAACACAUUCUGUUCUUAGAGCCAAUUAUGUCAAGCCAUUCCUUAUAUAGAAAAUGUUAAAUGCUACUAUACCCAACCAUGGUGAUGCUUUUUGCUGGAGGGGGAUGGACCCUCUUUGCUUCUGUUGAGAACUUUCAACAGUCAACAGAUGAGCUCAAGGCACAGAAGGACUAACAUCACGAUGUGGCUGCACAUCUCCCUGAUUGUCUUGUGUGGAUUCUUUAUCUUAACAAAGGAAGCAGAAAUUCGGAGUUUGCACCAAAUCAUCUCUUCUGAGGUUGGAACUUCUGUUACACUUCAGUGUUCUUUCACAGGGAAAGCAUCUCUGCUCUAUUGGUACAAACAGCCCAUUGGGAUGAAACCUAUAAAUAUGGUCACCGCCAGUAAAUUUGAUUUUUUGGAUUUCGGAGAAGAAUUUAAAAACAAUCUACGAUACAAUGUGUCAAGAACAUCUAAUAUGUUCAGACUUGGCAUCUCUAAUAUUGUGCCAUCAGACACUGCUGUGUACUAUUGUACACAUUACACUGCUGGCAUUAUGCACUUUGCAGAAGGAAGUCUGCUGAUUGUAUCAGGUGCUCAAACCAGCAACCAUGCCAUUCUCCAAAAACCCAUAAGCGCACACGUUCAUCAAGGAGAGAGUGUAGAUUUUCAGUGCGCAGUCCAUGCCAAUGUAUCUAAUGGAAAUCACACUGUGUACUGGUUCAGACACGGAUCUGAUCCAGGAAUCAUCUACACUCAUGGAAACAGGAGUGAUCAGUGUAAGAAAAGCUCUGAGACUGUUUCUCCUACACAGAGCUGUAUCUACAAACUCCCCAAGAACAACCUCAGCCUCUCUGAUGCUGGAACUUACUACUGUGCUGUAGCUACAUGUGGAGAGAUAUUGUUUGGGGACGGAACAGAUCUAAAAGUGAAAGAGCAUCAUAAAGAGAAUGAGCUACUUAUCUACUCACUUGUAGCAACACUAGCGUUCUUCAUCAUUUUAUCUGUGGUACUUCUUGUCAUUCCUGUUAACAAGCGGAAAAAUAUAUGUUGCCAAAACUGCAGAGAAUUAUCAUCUCAGCCAGAUAAUAAGCCCUCAGUUUCACAGGAUGAUGUACAGGGGGAUCGCGAAGAGGGCGCAUACACACCACAAUACGCAUCCCUGAAUUUUGUGAAGAAGAAAGAAGCUAAAGGCAAAAAACAGAGGAAACAUGAGGAGACGUCUGUAGUUGUUUAUUCUUCGGUUAGAUACCAAAACCCUAACUGACCCUAAUUGCCUUUUAUGUGAAGAAACAGUGUAUUUUUGCAUAUGUUAUUGUUUUGUUGUUUAUUGCAUCUUUGGAUGUGUUAUAUAUGAUAUUUUAUAUUUGGUAUUAAAAUUGUCAUUUGAC